AUGGCUGAGAAAUACGACGAGGAAAAGUCCGCGGUUAGCGGCACCGGAUAUUCGAAUAGCGACAGUCCUCAUUUCGCGGAUACAUAUGAGACGAAAGAGCCAUGGACUCGAAGAUUCGUCGAUAGUUUUAAGCGCGAUCCUAAUGCGAUUAUAUUAAAACCAAAUAAGGCUAUUGAUCCACACACUAGCGCACCGGUUGGAGGACAUGGCGGUUUUGAUCACGCAGCUGCAGUAGAGCGCACAGCUAACAGCGGAAUGGCAGACACCUCUUUGAAAUUCGUUGUUUUCAAUAAGCAUAGCGAUUGUGUUGCUAAAUCUCGAGUCACAGAUAUAUUUCACAAGUCAAGGGUGGACCGUCCGUUUUUACACAUGACAACUAGCAGUUUACUUAGCGCUAUGGGUAAGGAUCUUUUGCCAAAUUUUACACAAGCCAGUGCCAAUAGCGGGACUUCGCAAACUGCCAGUUCUGACCUUAGUGUUUCCGCAGCUCCCCCACUACCACCGCGGGACAAGGUGUUUGAACACAUCGUUAGGGACUCCGAGUUGAUUACAGUGAACUUCAAGGUCGAAGCGGAUAAGGGCUAUGACUUGGUCAAAUUGGCUAGAAUGGAGAAGCCUAAUCCUUCCCACAAAACCCAAAACGAUCCUGGCAAAGACACCUUGGUUGCAUCUAUUGAGAGUCCUGCCGAUCAUUUCUUCAACGGCAGCAAGGAUACCUUCUGGUUCCGCCUCACCGGAACCCUUCCAGCGAACACACUAAGCAUUAUCAGUAAAGAUGUUGAGAGGGUGUUUGACGCGGCCCGAAAAGUCAUCGUUGAUCAAGACACGGCCAUUAAAAAAGAAAGUCUACUAGCAGACCUGUUGAGUUUGUGCGAGCACCUCGACGUGAUUUUCGUUUGUUCUGGCGAAGAUGUCAAACAUUUUCAUCUAUGCCUUCUUCGAAAUGAAGUCGGACUUCUUCCAGCAGGCUCACAGAUUCAAUAUUAUUAA